AUGGCAUCGCGUCGAAAUAACGCGCAGGAUGGCACACAGCGCACACGAACAAUCUCUACAAAUACAUCGACGCGUCAAAAACACAUUUUCCAGCCCGUAGAAGACGCGCAGCCCACGCCAGCAGCGACAUCGACACCCACCGCAAGCCUUGGUCCCAAACGAUCCGCAACGGCGAUGGGAAGUAACUCUGUUGUAUCGUCUACUGGGCCAGGUAUUGGGCUCACAAGAACAGCGACGUUGCCAGGCCUCGAAGCAGAGUCCAACAUCCAAGUGGUCGUCCGUUGCCGCGGAAGAUCCGCAAGGGAGAAGAGCGAGGGAUCUGCAAACAUUGUACACAUCGAGGGCACGAUGUCAAACGAAGUCGUCAUCCAAACCGCCGCAGCAAAAACGGAAUUGGGCGUGACUACUCCGGCGGCGACAAAGACGUAUCCAUUUGAUCGCGUAUUUGGCCACGCUGCUGAUCAAGCAAUGGUCUAUUCCGAGGUUGUGAAGCCCAUGCUCGAAGAGGUGCUGCUGGGAUACAAUUGCACGCUCUUUGCGUAUGGUCAAACGGGCACAGGCAAAACAUAUACCAUGCAAGGCGACCUCACCCCCUCGAUAUCUGGCGGUCCAUCCGCAGGCGCAGGCAUGAUCCCGCGUGUUUUGUCAAACUUAUUCGCGCAUCUCGAAGCAAACGUACCAGACUACAGCGUCAAAGUCACAUACGUCGAGCUCUACAAUGAAGAGCUCCGCGACCUUCUCUCACCCUCCCUCAGUGCUCCUCUCGGCUCCGAGCAGCCCAUGAGCAAAGGCACCGGUUCAUCCGCCGGACAAUACAGCUCUCAGGCCCAAGCUGCCGGCAAUAAUCGCGACCCCGGUCCCAAGAUUUUCGAAGACGCGCGUGGAGGCGUGUUCAUCCAAGGGCUAGAAGAAUCCUAUGUCCGAAACGCACAUGAAGCAAUCGAACAAUUACGAAAAGGGAGCCACCGUAGACAGAUUGCCGCGACAAAGUUUAACGACCAUUCAAGUCGCAGUCACAGCGUCUUCACCGUGACGGUGCAUACAAAGAUGAAGGAGACGGGUGCGAGUGGGAGCGCUGGGGGUGUAGCGGGUGAAGACUAUAUCCGCACAGGAAAGCUAAAUCUUGUCGAUCUCGCUGGCUCGGAGAACAUUGGCAGGAGCGGUGCGGAGAAUAUGCGUGCGAGAGAAGCGGGGAAUAUCAACAUGAGCCUGUUAGCCCUCGGGAGGGUUAUCAAUGCUCUCGUCGCAAAGCACGCUCACAUUCCAUACCGUGAAUCAAAGCUUACACGACUAUUGCAAGACUCGCUCGGUGGCAAGACCAAGACGUGCAUCAUCGCUACUAUAUCACCUGCGCAGUCGAACCUAGAGGAGACAUUUUCGACCCUAGACUAUGCGCUCAAGGCCAAGAGCAUUAGCAACAAACCUGAAGUCAACCAAAAAAUGACGCGUAACUCGCUCCUGAAGGAAUACAUUGGCCUAAUCGAGUGUCUCAAGGCGGAUCUACUGGCCGCUCGAGAGAAGAAUGGCAUCUACAUGUCCAAGGAGAGCUGGGAUGACAUGUCCAAGGAGCAAAGCGCACUGCGACAAGCCCACAUCGACGCCAAGCAACAAUGCGACGACCUCGAAGCGCAAAUACGGAUCAUUCGCGAAGAGCUCACCGAGUCUCUCGGAAUGCUCAUGAAGCGAGACGGCGAACUCGCUAACACGAAGAAGACGCUGGAAAAGACGGCAGCCGAUCUAGAAGCCACGACAGAGGAACUCGCUACGACGACGCAGAUGCAUGUGGAAGAAAAGGUCCUUCGAGAGGCACAUGCUGAAACGGAGGAACAACUCGAUUCUGUGGCGCGUGGCUUACGGAAUGUGGCUUCGGAGAGCGUUGCGGAUGUGCGUGGGCUUUGGGAAAAGGUUGAGCGCAAGGAACGUGUACGUGCGCAAAAUGCUGGUGCUGUUCGAAAUCAUGCGGAUGUUCUCGCAGAGGGAACGGAUGCUCUCGCGGCUGGUUUGGCGGAAUUUGUCGGUGUUCAGGCGAAGAUUACCGGCUCGAUGCGGAGUCGAAUGGAGGAUUUUAGAGAGAGCGAGUUGCAGUCGUUGAACGCGUUUUCUUCCCAAGUCAAGACGUCUAUCGAGUCGCUCAACGAGGCGAUACGAGCUAUUGGUCUCAACGAAAAGGAGGGGUCGGCUUCGAUGGAUCACCUACAGCAGUUGGUACAAACGACUUCGGAUACUAUCCAAAACAGCUUCGAGACUUGGGCAGGAGGACUGAAGAAGCAAUGCACGACGCUUGUAGAGGAACUUCAAGGAGUCAUUAGUGAUAAUUGUCAAGCGGCGGAAACGGCGAUGCAAACUUCUGCGGACACGUACAAAAUGCUCGUCGAUGAGACGGUGACGCAUCUCAAGCGCGAAAAGGAACUUGUCGGUGAAGCAAGAGAUCUUGUACAAGAAGCCGUUAGCUCCGAGGUCAAGCGAUUAAACGAACAAAAUACUCUCCUCCGCCAAAUGCUCGAGUCAGAGGAGCGCAAGACAUUGGAGCUCCAAGAGGACCUUCUUUCCAACAUGUCUUCCCUCGUCAAGCGUUUCGUUUCGAGCCGUACGGAAAGCCUCCAUGCCGCGGGUCAAAAGGUGCAAGGCGUUGUCCGAAAGGGAGCCAAGGAGAUGGAAUCAUUUGGCAAGCAACACGGACGUGCAGUAGACGACGUCCUUCGUCACGGGGACCGGGUCGUCCAAGAAGUCUCGGACAAGGCGCAACGAGGUCGUGCCGCAGGUGAAGAUGCGCUCCGCGCUGUUCGUGCCGUGGAUUCCAAGGCACGACUUUCGGCUCGUGAUAUGCGUGAUGGUCUAGAAGGAAGGAUUGAUGGUCAGCUUGAGGAACUCAGGAAGCAGAAGGAGACUCUUAGCAAAGGCGCUGCUACAGGGUUUGAGCAAGCUAGGCAAACGAAACGGGCUAGGGUAGCUCUCACGGAAAGCAUGAGCGCCGAGCUUCAACAAGGAUACCGGGACCUUCAAAGCGGGCUAUCGUCGACGACCAAUAAUGCCAGCCAGACCAUACUCAAGUUGCUGGACGAGGAAACGUCUCUCCGACAGACCACGCAGUCAUACAAGGCCAAUACACAAAAGCAACUCGGCAGUCUGCGACAAGCCACCCGUGCGCUCGUGGAAAGCGGCACACGUGACGACACUCCAACUGGAACCACGCCUCGGAAACGUACAUGGGACUACGAUGACGAGUGGGAGCGAACCAAGAGUCGUGAAGCUGUCCUUCGAGAGUGGGCCGUCCGACAACAACUUCAAGAGCAGGCCAAACGCGACGAGGUGCAACGACAGCGUCUCAGCAACGCCUCUUCUCGACCCACCGAGUCUCCAGACGUUGUGGAGACGGCAUCCGCCGCUUCCGAAGAGGCGACGCCUGUGCGUGUCGAGGAGCCUCUCAAGAGGCCAGAGAGUGAAGUCGAGGCCGAUGACGAAGUUGAUGCUGUUAUUGUCGCAGCAGAGAUUAAUGCUCGGCCGCCACCGCCACCUUAUUCGACUAUCUCCAAGGUACCCGGUCCCGCUCCCUCUGCAAGUACGACUCGUACCUCGUCGCGGCAGAGUCCCAUGGGCACCUCUCAAUUGCCCUCCCGACCUCCGUCAAAAAUUGGCAGUAUGCCACGAACCGUCAGUGGUAAGGCUGCUCAGCCUUUGGUGGAGCGAGCGAAUGUCGGAACUCGUACAAAGCGGGUUCGAUGA